UUUUUUAAAAGUUUAAUGUUUAAAAAAGAAAAGAAAAGAAAAGUUCACCUACUUCCUUUUUAAUUUAUUUCAAUUUCACCACAAAAAGAUGGAAUCCAAAAAUUAAACACAACCAAAGAUCUCUAUUAUAAGUUCUCAGGUAUGAAUGUUGUGUUAUAUUCUGAAUUUUGAUCAUUUAAUAUAAUACAUCAUGGGUUUUUGCUUGAAGAUAAUUAUUGGGCUAAAGAGGAAUAAACGACGUAAAUCCAAACAACUCAAGGGUACAAAUACUAAUGCAUCUAAUGAACCGCGGGGAGAAGUUCCUAGUGCUCAUUCAAAUGGAACUUCUUCAUCUUCAAGAAAGAUUAAUCGCAGGACUAAGUUAACUGAGAUUACUGCUGCCAUUAAAAUUCAGACUGCCUUCAGAGCUCAUUUGGUAACUAUUCACAAUGCAAGAAAAGCUCUACAACGUGUAAGGGGUGCAGUAAGAUUCCAAGGUGUAAUUGAAGGGCUAAGUGUAAAUAACCAAAUAUCGGGGACUUUGAAGCAAAUACAUUGUUGGAGCAAAAUACAAUCAGAGAUCAGAGCAAGACGACUAAUUAUGGUCACUCAAGGCCACAAUAAGCAGAAGAAAAUUCAAAAUCAACAAAAACUUGAGGCUAAGCUUCACGAGCUUGAGGUGGAAUGGAGCAGUAGUGCUGAAACCAUAGAAGAAAUACUCCAGAAAUUACAACAAAGAGAAGAAGCUGCAAUUAAGAGGGAGAGGGCAAUGGCUUAUGCAUUUUCUCAUCAGUGGAGAGCCAAUUCGAAUCAAUAUUUCGGACAAGCAUACUAUGAUCUUGGCAAGGAGAGCUGGGGUUGGAGUUGGAUGGAACGUUGGAUCGCGGUUCGACCAUGGGAGACUAGAGUUCAAACAAACCCUAUUAUUUCAAAAACAUCUCACUCCCACCAAGUGGCCAAGAUAACUAGUAAAGCUACAAGCUUAUUGGGACCUUUGAAGCUAGUUGUCUCAGUUAAAAAUCCAUCCAUUUUAAGUGGAAAAGAAUCUACAAGAGGAAGAAAGUUGUCCAUCUCUACUACUGAAAAUCAAGCUUCCCAAGAGGCUGAUACUUGAUUGGCAACUCAUCCUAGUUGCUACUUCAAUAUAUAUUUUUUGGUUGAUUGACAUGUCUAUUCUUUGGCUUUGUAUAUUUUAGUGUGAUUGGGAGUUGUGGCUUGAAGAUUUCAGUAUAUACUGUAUUUUUGAAGAAUUCAACAUGAACGCGACAUCGAAAGUGAAGACUCUACGCAAGUUAGGAACUUUCCUAUUUAAAAUAUAAGAAAGAAUUGGUAUAUCAAUGAUGCAAUUGGUGAUGGAAACUUUUGUUUUAUGUUAUUUUUGUUUUAUGCUGUUUUAUGAUACAUUAUAUUGGUGAUGA